AUGGAGAAGGCCUAUGACAGACUCAACUGGAACUACUUGAAAGCAGCCCUCAACCAAUUUGGGUUCCACAGGGAUUGGAUCCAGCUGGUGGAACGUUGUUGGUCAAAAUGUUGGUUCUCGAUCCUCAUCAAUGGCGUCAUGACCGGCUUCUUCCACUCAUCUAGGGGUCUAAGGCAGGGCGAUCCAAUUUCCCUAGGCCUCUUCAUCCUUGCAGUUGAAGGGCUUAGCAGAGGCUUCCGUUGGUUGGUUGCCUCAGGCGUGCGCCAGCCAUACAAGAUGUGUCCAAACUGCCCCAUAGUCUCCCAUCUACUAUUUGCUAAUGAUACGAUCCUCUUCGCAAAUGGAUCCAGAAGGUCCCUCACCCAAAUCAAGACUUUUCUUACCCAAUAUGAGAGUGUCCAUAUAUUCCAGGGGAGGCCUAAGAGAACCUAUUUUCAGGCCAUAAUAGAAAAGAUUCAGGCCAGAAUUUCUGCGUGGCAAAAUAGAAUUUUAUCUCAGGUUGGGAGGCUCACCCUCAUCACGCAUGUCCUCAAUAGCAUCUCAGUGCACACUCUUGCGUCCAUGGAGGUCCCUUCCAACAUCCUUGCUGAAUUAGAGAAACAGUUUGCCGACUUCUUCUGGGGCUGGGAAGGGCCGAAGAAGAAGUGUCAUUGGCACAACUGGAGAAGUCUUCUACUGCCAAAAUCUGAAGGUGGUCUGGGCCUAAGACCCUUAAAAUCAGUGAUGUAG